GGCGGUAUAUACUCAGUGGUAUAUUUUCAUUCAUUCUCUCUCCGCGUAUUAUGCUCUGAUCGAAAGUACACAGUCUGCGAUGAUCAUCUUUCGACGAUUUUCGAAUUUCUUGCCAUGUCAGCAAAGACGUUUCUAUAUACCGUUUGACAUUCUUUUAUAAAUCCAUGACAUUGUGUGCGUGAAAUUUAUUGUGAUCAUGUUUUUCAUCUCUAGACAGUGAUAAAUCGAUAUUUCUGGAGAAUAUUAUCCUUCACUGCAUCAUAUUUCCUUGUCUUUCAUCGCGCAAGCCGAGCACGUUGUGAAGCAGCGCCCUCGAUAGUCAGCAGCUGAUCAGCUCAAAGCAUGUUUCGAAUACGAUGUGCAUGUCUUAUCUCGAAAUCGGAGGUUGUCAGUCCAAGGUUCGCUGAAAUAAAACGUUGGGUCUCAAAUACAACGACAAGAGAACUGUCGAGAACGACACUUUCUGCCAGUCAGCGUCUGAAAGUUCUUCCAUAUCCAUACCUGCGCCCGUGUCUAAAUAUGGCCAGCAUAAUCGAUGGAAAGGGGAUUGCAAAGGAGAUUCGACAGGAGCUCCAGGAAGAGGUGGCCAUGUUGAAAGAGAGACAUCCUGGCUUCAUGCCUGGUCUUGCCAUUAUUCAGGUUGGAGAUAGAUGUGAUUCUAAUCGCUACAUCAAAUUCAAGCUUGCUGCAGCUGCUGAGAUUGGUAUGGUGGCCCAGCAUUACAAGCUUCCAAGCUCAAGCACCCUCCCAGAGGUGGUAAAUAAGAUUCAAGAUUUGAACAAGGAUCCACGCAUCCAUGGUAUCCUGGUUCAGAUGCCUCCUGAGACCAACGAACCCAUAGAUGAAGAUGCUCUACUCAACGCUGUAGCUCCAAACAAAGACGUGGAUGGGUUGACGGAUCACAAUGCAGGGAAGUUAGCCCGUGGUGAGCUUGGUCAAUGCUUUCUACCAUGUACACCUAAGGGAUGUCUGGAGCUACUCAAGAGAUCAGGUGUGGAGGUUGAAGGCAAAAGGGUUGCUGUUCUUGGAAGAAGCAAGAUAGUUGGUGCUCCAAUGUCGGACCUUCUGAGGGCCUCCAAUGCAACAGUCACCAUGUGCCACUCCAGGACUAAGAACAUUGAUGAGAUUAUCCGUGAAUCUGAUGUGAUCGUGGUUGGUAUACGUCAGCCCAAGUUUGUCCAGAAGGAAUGGAUUAAGCCUGGUGCAGUAGUCAUUGACUGUGGAAUCAACUUUAUUGAGGAUGCCACCUCUGAAUUAAAUGAUGAUGACGAUGAUCCAUUUGCCAAGCAAGGUAGGAAGAUGGUAGGUGAUGUAGACUAUGAAGGAGUGAGGGAGGUAGCAGGAGCUAUCACCCCUGUCCCUGGUGGCGUAGGACCCAUGACUGUAGCCAUGCUGAUGGGCAACACGGUGGAGAGUGCCAAGAAGACCGUCGAAGGAACUCUGGGUGACCAAUGGAAGAUGAGAUACCUACCCCUUCAUCUCAAGCAACCCGUCCCUACCGACAUCGACGUCUCCAGGGCCCAGAAACCCAAGGAGGUAUCAGAGCUAGCCCAGGAACUACAGCUCCUACCCAGUGAGAUAGACUACUAUGGCAAGACCAAGGCCAAGAUCUCUCUAUCUGUUCUAGAUCGGCUGAAAGACAGGGCUCCAGGGAAGUACGUCGUCGUUGGAGGAAUCACACCAACUCCUCUAGGUGAAGGCAAGAGCACCACCACUAUCGGUCUGGUCCAGGCGAUGGGCUCGCAUCUCAAAAAGAAUGUGUUUGCCUGCGUGAGACAGCCAUCCCAAGGACCCACCUUUGGUAUCAAGGGCGGAGCAGCAGGUGGUGGUUACGCCCAGGUCAUUCCUAUGGAAGAGUUCAAUCUUCACCUUACCGGAGACAUCCAUGCAAUCACAGCCUCGAACAACUUGCUCGCUGCAGCCAUUGAUGCUAGGAUCUUUCAUGAAUCAACUCAGACAGAUAGCGCCCUCUAUGGCAGGCUAGUGCCAAGCAAGAAGGGUGUCCGAGAAUUUUCAAACAUCCAGAUAGGCAGGCUUCAGCGUCUUGGCAUCGACAAGACCAACCCAGAUGAUCUGACAGAAGAUGAGAUACACAGAUUUGCUCGCCUUGACAUCGACCCAUCUACCAUCACAUGGCAGAGAGUCUUGGACACCAAUGACCGCUACCUGCGUAAGAUCACCAUUGGUCAGUCACCCACAGAGAAGGGCUUCACCCGUGAGACUCAGUUCGACAUCGCCGUGGCCAGUGAGAUCAUGGCCAUCCUGGCCCUCACCACCGACCUGAAGGACAUGAGGGAGCGUCUGAGUAAGAUCGUCGUUGCUAGCAACAAGCAGGGAGAACCAGUGACUGCUGAUGAUGUUGGUGUGGGAGGUGCUCUGGCUGUUCUCAUGAAGGAUGCUAUUAAACCGAACCUCAUGCAGACACUUGAGGGAAAUCCAGUAUUUGUGCAUGCUGGUCCAUUUGCCAACAUUGCCCACGGUAACUCUUCAAUCCUGGCUGAUAAAAUUGCUCUCAAACUUGUUGGAGAACAUGGAUUUGUAGUCACUGAGGCUGGUUUUGGAUCAGACAUCGGAAUGGAGAAGUUCUUUGACAUCAAGACUCGUUACUCUGGUCUGACUCCCAAUGCCGCUGUGAUCGUAGCCACUGUCAGAGCACUCAAGAUGCAUGGAGGCGGACCUAAUGUGACAGCUGGAAAGCCUCUUGCUGCUGAAUACAAUGAGGAGAAUCUAGAACUCCUAGAGAAGGGAUUCUGUAACCUUAGGAAGCAGAUUGAAAACACAGCCCACUUUGGUGUCCCCUGCGUCGUUGCAAUCAACCAGUUUGUAACGGACACACCCAACGAGCUAGCCCUUCUACAGCAGUUGUCCAAGGAAUGUGGAGCCUUUGAUGCUGUGGUCUCAAACCACUGGGCUCUCGGAGGAAAAGGUGCAGUGGACCUGGCUAAGGCUGUAGAGAGGGCCUGCUACCAGCCAAGUGACUUCAAGUUCCUCUAUGAACUAGAUACUCCAGUUGAAGACAAGAUCUCCGCCAUUGCCAAAAAGAUCUAUGGAGCCGACGGCAUUGAACUCUCUGAGGAUGCACAGAAGAAGAUCAACCUCUACCGUAGCCAGGGCUUCAACGAUCUACCCAUCUGCAUGGCUAAGACGCAUCUUUCCUUGUCACAUGACCCGAAACUGAAGGGCACGCCCACUGGGUUCACUCUGCCAAUCAGGGAUGUCAGAGCCAGUGUAGGGGCAGGAUUCCUCUACCCGCUUGUUGGAACGAUGAGUACCAUGCCUGGGUUAUCCACCAGACCUUGCUUCUACGACAUUGACAUCGACACCGAGACUGAAACCAUCUUUGGCCUCUUCUAAGUGUGUCCAUCCUUGUUCACUUGUCAAUCAAGGAAAUUAAGCAGUCAUGAAGAUUAGCCGUUGAUUUGGCAUUGUAUUCUCAUUUGUAAGUCUGUUUUGAACAGGAAUGAAAUGUUGAUUUAUCGUGUUGUACCUCACUGUAUGCAAUGUCUGUGAUGUGUACAUUAUUAUUUGUUCUCCUUUUUUAAGUUGCAGGUGUGCUACCAUGAUUCUUCAUAAAGUUUUUAACACUGUGAAGUAGUAACGAUUAAAGACUGCAGCAUGAAAUAGCUGUUCCAUAGUGAUAAAAUUCAAAUGGCUCUAUGUAGGCACAGCCACGAUAUUGCCCUUUAAAUAAUAUAUUGAAUCAAUACACAACAAAGUUUAGUACAUGUGAGGUUUGGAAAGUAGGAAAAUUGGUAAUAAAUUUGAAUGGUUUUUAUCCAAUAAGGUGCUGGCAACUGAAUGUAAAUGUUAACAUUCCCGUAAACACCAGGGUCAAAAUCAUCAUCAUUCUAGUGUCUGUGAAAAUCAUGGUUAUUGGGAAAGACUUGUAAGCCAGCCUGACAAUGUAAUGUCAAAUGUACAGCUUUCAGUGUGUGAUACAGAACAGUUCUCAAUCAAGUACAGUAGGUGCUUGAAGCUAUCUUUUAUUGUGUAUUUGGGACAAUAAUUGUCUAUGAAAGUAAUGUUUUGUAUAGGAAAAUAAUGUGAUAGAUUAUUUUGGAGUUCUGUAUAAAGAAUGUUUCAUUUACGCUUGAAAACAAUGGUAAUAAAAUGAGAAGAUUGUACAUGAAAUUUAUAGAGAAAGGUUGAGAAUUAGAGGCUGUGAGUUUUCAAGAAUAUGAUUACAUUUUUAUUAAAGUAUUAAAGAAUAUGUGUGUUCCUGGUUAAUUGUGAUUAAAUUUGUUAUUUCUAGAAUAUUGCUUGUUUUACGUUUAACUGAAAUUGAUGUUUUCCUCUUCCUGAGGUUGAUUAAACGUUGUACAUGAGUUUGUCAUUAAGUACUUCAUGUCUCCACUAGGGGGAGGGGGGAGCCAAAUUGAGAUUUUAUCAUCAGACAUCAUGAGAUGCAAUUAAUUAAAUCUACCUUUGGUUAAAUGCUGAGAGAGGAUAAAACGAUGCCUAGAAGAAAGAUAAGUUUUCUAAGAUGUGCCUUUUAUGUAUCUUGUAUAGGAAAUUGAAAUUUGGCAAGUGCAAGUAGAAAUAAAAACUGCCAAAUCUGAAUGAUAUCAUUAUUUUGAGGAAUAUUCUCCAUCAAGGAAUGUUGAAAACAUCUUUGUGUUAAUGGGAUUAUAAUGUGCAUGUUAUACUUUCCGCCUGAAUGUUCCUGGUUAAUGAUGUAGUACCUGGUAAAUGACGUAGUUUCUCAUUAAAACUCAUUAAACAAGAGAGAAAUGAAAAUAACAAACAUUUCAAAUCAAUUGUCCUGUCGUUGCAUAGAUAUGAAAAAAGGUAAAUUGGUAAGAGGGAUUUGAAUAAGUGUUUUUUUUUUUGUUCGUUACUAAUCACUGUCAGCAAUGAAAAGGUACUUUCUCUUAUUCGCUGAUGUUAAAUUUUGUUAUCUAUGACGAUGUGAAUUGAGUAUAAAUUAUUUAAAUCUUCAUUCAUUUGUUUUCAAGCACGUCACAAUGUAUUAUUUCUGAUUUCGUAUAUUAUAUUUCGCUGUUUUGUUCCUUAACCUUAUGUGUUUUAAUAUGGGGAUGUAAUCCAAUAAAAGAAUACUGUAUGAGAAAGAUGUAUUUUUGUUUGAUGAAAAAUAAAGGUUAACAUUAUACAAUCACA